CUGACAACACGGCCUGCUCAUCACUCUCGGCGAGCAGCGAGUGCUCAGUGUCGCUGGACGGCCAUGUGAAGGUGUGGGCGCCACCGAAAUGGUUGGAUAAGCUACGCUCACGCGCGCGCGCUCUCGGCUCACCCUCAGCUGCACAGAGGAGGUGCACCGCCUUUCUGCAGCGCUCUUGGAUCCUGCCCGCCUUCUACACCAUUGCGGGCGUCGUCUUCGUUAUCUUUGUGCACGGCCCGCACGUUUUCCUCCCGCUGCUCAUCAUCAUCGCCAACUACGUCAUCUUCUCGCGGCUGCAGCGCUGGUGCCCCUACUGGCUGUUCAUGGUCAUCAUGUGGUCCACGCACGUCGCUCUCCUGUACCUCAUCGAGGUCAACGAGGGGUUCGAGCAGACGUACUGGGUGCAGUACUGCACUUUGUCUAUUCUGUCGAGCCUGACAGCCAUUCUGGGUGAUGCAGAAGUGCUUCCUUUGGAGCAGCGGAUGCGCUGGUCCGUAGCCUUCCGCAUGUCGACGCUGCGCCUCAUCGCCUUCAACUACGACCUGUGGGAGGCCACGCACGCCGCCGCACGCGCGCGCGACCGUGCCACGGCGAAGCACGACGCCGGCUGCGUCGAGUGCGCGCAGCUGCGCGAGCAGAACGCGGCGUCGGCGGCCGCGCUGCCCGCCGAGGCGUCGCGCUGCUACAAGUACCGCACCGAGUACGCGCGCGACCCCGCCGACUACAACUUCCUGAACUACGCCGCCUACGUGCUGUUCCCGCCACUGUACCUUGCCGGGCCAAUGUCGUCCUUCAACGCCUUCGUGUCGCACAUGCGCGUGCCGAGCACGUCGAUGCCGCUGCGCAAGAUGGCGAGGUACGCGUUUGGCAUCCUCCGCAUCUACAUCACGGAGUACACGCUGCUGCACUUUGUGCACAUCCCAUGCCUCGGCUCGUACGCCUUCGUGAUCCUUCGGAUGACCUUGCUGGAGCAGGCGCAGUUCCUGUUCUACAUGCUGGCCUACCUGUGGUUGAAGUUCAGCUUUAUAUGGAAGUCGUCACGGCUCCUCGCCAUGUUCAGCGGCAUCAAAGUUCCGGAUGACAUGCGGCGCUGCUUCGACAACACGCUGACGGUGCGGGACUUCUGGCGCGACUGGCACGCAUCCUUCCACCUGUGGAUCGAGCGGUACAUGUACAUCCCGAUGGUUGGCCGCAGCCGAAACGCGCUGUCGGUGCUGCCGAUCUUCCUGUUCAUUGCGGUGUGGCACGACCCUGCUCUGCACCUUGUCAAGUGGGCGGUGUGCAUUGCCGCGAUGUUCGAGGCGGAGGUGGCCGUGAGCGUGUGCUUUGGGUGGGCCGCCGCGGCGUUCCGGCGCGAGAUGGCCGCCGCGGCACCGACGGGCGCAGUAAGUGAUGCUGCGUUGGACAGCGGCCGCCCCGCGAACUGCGCGCCGCGCCGUAGUCUGCUGGCACGGCUGGCGAGGCUCUCUGCGCGUCGCUUGAGCCCGCUCGCGCAAUCGUGGGUAUACCGCCAAUGUCGAGUGGUAGCUGGCAUGACCACAGUGUUCGGGCUGAUCGUUGCGAACUUGGUGGGUUUCUCGAUGCAAAAUGCGGUGGCGACCGUGGAGAAGCACGGCCUACCGUCGUCGGGGACCGAUGCCGACGAUGUGAUCAAGAAGGCGUUUCACAGCAUCACGCCCCUCUUUACUCUAGGCCUGAUUGCCUUCAUGUACUCUGUGUCCGCCCUGGCGGCGAUGGAUCGCGACAUGGCCCGCCAGCAAACAUCAUACUUGAAGCUGCUCUAUAGACUGAAGCAGUAG